AUCGGUCAUGAACGGAAAAAGGAGACCAAAAAUCGAGGCUCUCGUUGUAAACGCGAUACGUAAGCUUCAGGACGCACAGGGAUUGACUCCUCGUGAAAUCAGUAAUUAUAUCAUUCAGGAAUAUGACGUCCCUGGAACGGAAAUUAAAAAGCAAGUACAACUUGCCCUUAAACGUGGCGUCUCCUACGGGAUCCUUCGGAAAUCUAAAGGAGGAUACUACACCUGCAAUCAAGAUUUUCUUAAAAAGCAACCAAUGGAUAGGCACGAGAUAAACGAAUUGAGUUGUCCACCGAGACGAUCAAGGAGAAGACGAUCUUCACGAAGGAGAUGCAGAAGCGUGAGAAGGGGGUGUCGAAGGGCACAACGAAGAAGAAGAAAUUCGUGUAGGAGAAGGGCUAGAAGAAGUGCUUGUAAAAGGAGAAGAAAUAGAAGAAGAAAGAGAUCGUCGGGAAGAAGAUGCAGUAAUUCGGAUAUUAAUGAAAUAGAGGCAAUAUCGAAACAACCGAGAACGAGCAAUCAAGACGACGACGAUAGCAAUUCGAGAAACGAGAGCAUAAGCGAUAGAUCUAGCUUGACAGAUCCGGAUGGAUCUAUGCAGGAUCCACGAUCGAUCACACCGCCUAUCACUCAUAUGGAUUGA